AUGAUUGUAUUUUGGAAUGAGAGGAAAGGUCCGCCUUCUCGUCGGGGGCCAGAUGUCGGGUUGGAUUUCACGGAUCAACCUGCGCCUGCUCCUGACAUUCCACAGCAGCCACCUAACAAUGAUGAUGUGGACUAUCCAGGUUACGAAGAUCCGCGAGGAGAUAUGCCUGUGGAUGAUGAGGAGAUGCCACCACCUCAAGGCCAACGGCCAGAACCGGAUCUAGACAAUGAUCCGGGGAAUUUCCGAUUGAACAAACACCCCUCCCAGAAACCGCCGGUGCCGGAUGUUGGGGAUGACCGCGAUUCGGAUGCAACUGUUGACAAUCGUGAGGAUGGCUUGCUUGCUCUUGCGGUUGGUGACGAGGAUGUGUUGAUCCGUUUGCCGAAGGACUUUCAGGUUCCUUCCUUGGUUCUGUUGCAUGGUGACGGAUUCGCAUCCUGGUUGACAAAGCAGGACAAGGUCAAAGCGGGGACCGUCACUCCGGCUAU